UUUUCGGUGUUGUUUACCUUUUUCAUAUAUCAAUAGCAAUACACCUUAGCCUUAGCGUGCUCUGUCAAAAGAAGAUAGGAGAACUAAAUUGAGCAAAAGGGGGUUCCUUUCCUUUCUUUCUAUCUUCCUUUUUUUUCUCUUGUGGAGGGAAUGGUGGGUUUUGGUUUUUAGUUCAAACUGAAGUGAAAACGAGAGUUGGGUCGAAGAGGGCAGAGAGAAAAGAAGAAGCAAAAGGAAAAAGGCUUUAGUUGUUUUUGGGUUCGGGUUUUCUUCCGUCGGUUGAGCUCUCUUGUCAAAUAGGUGGUGUUUAUUUUUGGAAUGUUCUAAAUACGCCUGCCUGGAGCUGAAGCGUGAGCAUCAAAACCCGAAAUUCUUGAAGCUAUUAUUCAUCGUCAAACAUUUGCAGAAAAAUUUAUGGGCAUUAAUGGCGAGGUAAAUGUCCUUGUUUCUCAAAUUUAAUCCUGCCAUCAAGGAAGCUCAUUAAGCAGAAUUGGAUUAAUAAGUUCUAAAGAUUAUGUUAGAGCUGUAAAGAAUCUGUGUUUGGAGGAAAAUCCAAUAGAUUUUUUGCAAGCAAUAGCAGGAGGAUUCAUCGAGAAAUGGCUUCCAUUCCUUCAUCGGAAAUGCAGGAGCCCAGCAUCGACACGGAUAAGCUGAGCUAUGAAAUCUUCUCAAUCUUGGAGAGCAAGUUCCUGUUUGGCUAUGAUGAUCAGAAGCUCUGGAUCCCUAAACAGAUAUCUCCGGUGCCGGAACCGAAGCCUGAAGCGGUGCCUCAACUAACAAAUGACAGCAACGGCGUCUCUGCAAUCAAGAACCAGAGAGGUAAAAUCUGUAUACUCAGUAUUGAUACUGGGGGCAUGAGGGGGAUUCUUUCGGGAAAAGCCUUGGCUUAUCUUGAACAGGCGCUCCAGUCAAAGUCCGGCAAUCCAGACGCAAGAAUCGCGGAUUAUUUUGACGUCGCCGCCGGCUCCGGAGUAGGUGGCAUCUUCACGGCCAUGCUAUUCGCGACUAAAGACCAGAACCGUCCGAUUUUUAAUGCGGCAGACACGUGGCGGUUCCUCGCCGAUCAAGGCAAGCGAAUCUACCGUGGCGGGUCGGGUUCCGCCAAAAAAGGCGGGGUUCUCAAGAGAAUUUUUAAAGCCGGUACGGCAGGGUCGAGUUCCGCCGGUCUAGAAAAGGCGUUGAAGGAAGCGUUCACGAAAGAAGACCGGAAUUUAACCCUGAAAGAUACCCUGAAACCUGUUUUGAUUCCUUGCUAUGAUCUUUCCAGCACGGCGCCUUUUCUGUUCUCGAGGGCGGAUGCCUUGGAGACGGACAGCUUUGAUUUCCGGCUGUGGGAGGUUUGCCGGGCCACAUCUGCCGAACCAGGUCUGUUCGAGCCAGUUCCGAUGCGGUCAGUCGAUGGGCAGACAAGGUGCGUGGCGGUCGACGGUGGGUUGGCGAUGAGUAACCCGACUGCCGCGGCAAUAACGCACGUGUUGCAUAAUAAACAGGAGUUCCCAUUUGUCAGGGGCGUGGAGGAUUUGUUGGUGUUGUCUUUAGGCACCGGUCAGCUUCUGGAAGUGAACUAUGACUACGAGCAGGUUAGGAAUUGGAAGGCCAAGGAUUGGGCUCGACCCAUGGCUCGAAUCUCUGGUGAUAGCUCGUCUGACUCAGUGGACCAGGCUGUGGCCAUGGCAUUUGGGCAGUGCAGAAGCAGUAAUUAUGUGCGCAUUCAGGCAAAUGGGUCCAGUUUAGGCCGGUGCGACCCCAAUGUAGAUACUGACCCCAGUCAUGGCAAUGUAAAGAUGCUGAUAGGUAUAGCAGAGGAAAUGCUAAAGCAGAAAAAUGUGGAGUCGGUGCUCUUUGGAGGUAAAAGGAUUGCAGAGCAGAGUAACUUCGAGAAGCUGGAUUGGUUUGCAGGAGAACUUGUGCAAGAGCAUCAGAGGAGGAGUUGCAGAAUAGCUCCCACUGUUGCUUUCAAACAAGCUACUCCCAAGACCAACUAGACUACCCUCAACUUAUUUUCUACCAAACCUAAGGGAGAAAAAAUACAAAAGGGUGAAAACUAUACAAGAAAAAAAAAAGUGGCAUAGCUAGAUUAGCAGCUUUUGCUUUUGAAAGUGAAAAUGAGCAAAGGAGGGUCCUGGAAUUGAGUGAAAAAGACAGCUAUUGUAAAAAGUGUGGAAGAUCUUAGUGGGAUACUUUGUCUACCUGCGGACGACCAUUGUGGUGUCCACUCCACCUCUCUACAAUGCCAGAGAACCAAGAAUGAAAGCAAUGAGACCUCAGCCUUUUAAAGUCAAACUCAAACUAGAAUCAGGUGUUCAAUCUUUUUAUUUUUAAAAUCAUGAAAAUAUUGUCCUGGAGAAACUGUUUUCCAUUGUCUAGCUUCUUUUUUCUUUCUCUUCUUUUUAUCCCUGGUCUCAAGAAAACUUUGUUGGGGAU